CUGAUUGACAUGGCUGCCAAACGGAUAAGCAAGGAGUUACAAGAUCUCGGCAGAGAUCCACCAGCGCAGUGUUCCGCAGGCCCGGUUUCGAAUGAUUUAUUCCACUGGCAAGCAACUAUUAUUGGACCGUCCGAAAGCUGCUACGAAGGAGGUGUCUUCUUCCUUAACAUCAGUUUCCCAACCGAUUACCCCUUCAAACCGCCCAAGGUGACCUUCACCACCCGGAUUUACCACCCGAAUAUAAAUUCUGAGGGCUCUAUUUGCUUAGAUAUUCUUCGCAGUCAGUGGUCACCUGCUCUCACCGUGGCGAAAGUGUUACUCUCCAUAUGUUCUCUACUCACUGACCCAAAUCCAGAUGACCCACUUUGUCCCGACAUUGCUCGACAGUACAAAUGUGACCGGAAAAAGUACGAGGAGGUGGCACGGGAGUGGACACAAAAGUACGCCAUGUGA